AAAUCGUCCUUGCGACAACACCACCAACCUAUGAUCCGUUUGGUCAUUAGCCGGACCUUUUUGGCCUUGAACAGCCAUGGAACGGUUCAGGAGCGCCAGAAGCGCGCUGCUCAAAACCGCAGACUCCGUAACGGACUCUUUCAAGCAGUUGAAGAUUGUGCAAAACGUUGAGAGGGAGAUCCAGGAAUGGAAGGCUGUCGACCCCUUCCCGUACGAGCCACUGCCUACGCCUACAAGCAUCCGCCUCAUCAAGCUUGCACCUUCCAAGAAGAUGGAAAAGGCUGCACGGUUGGGGAAGCCGGUCAGCGGGGAUGCACACGACGACGACGACGACGACGACGACGAGGAUGACGACAACAAUGUACAGUUCGUCAUGCACAUAGCAGAGCUGGACCGCAACCCACAAUUCACAGCGUUGUCGUACACGUGGCGUCAACAGCGGUCAACACUCGGCGCCUUCACCAGGAUUUUGGCGUCAAUUUCCAAGCAAACACUGAAAGAUGAGCCGCUGUAUCUCGAAGCCAAGGACCCCGACGAAGACCUCGUGGCGUCACGCAAGGUGACUUGCAACGGACAUAGGAUGAUGGUGUUUGAAAACCUGUUCGAGGCACUUAAACGGCUGCACAGGACCAUGCCUGGCGUGUGGCUCUGGAUUGAUGCUAUAUGUAUGAAUCAAAGCGAUCUAACGGAACUGACAGCUCAGAUCCAAAUCAUGGGUCGCAUCUAUCAGUCUGCCCAACUUGUCGUUGUCUGGCUGGGGCUCAUUUCCUGGGCGGCUGAAAGAGGACUGAAGGCCCUUCAGGAGAUGGCUCGAGCAGACAAGCCAAUGCCACCGUAUCCAUGGGACAGGUCCAGGGUCAGCAUCGGGGAAAGCGCAGCCGAUGACUGGAAGCUGUUGUGCGCUGCCUCAACGGCCUUCCAUCUGGCUAACAGGUCUUGGAUGAAGCGCGUGUGGGUCGUCCAAGAGCUUUGCCUUGCCAGGAAUAUCACGUAUUUACACGGCAAGCACGAGAUUGGCCUUGAGACCUUAUUGUUCUCGUGUGAGUGGUAUCUGGAUGGCCGCGGUCGUGGCGAGGCUGCCCUCUGGUCCGACUGGCAGAAGCCCUUGGAGCGGAUCCUUAGUAGCCACAUGCGUUUUCUUCCAACAACGCUUAAGGCCCGUGAAGAGUUUGCCAGAGGCAACAAGUGGACUCUCCUUCAGUGGUUUCAAGCGUGUAAAGGGCGUUUGGCGUCCGUUGGGAAGGACUACGUCUUUGCCGGGCUGUCUCUGGUUCAAGAAGACUGCUUGUCCAUUGAUCAGCGGUUACAAAUCGCACCAACCCUCCCUGUCAGGGGCGAGGAGACAACGGAUGCUUCAGCGUCGCUCAAUCUACCCAUUGAGAUAUCACACCAGGGAUCUCUUGAUAGCCAAGGCCCCAUGACUCGAGCGCUCUGGCCGGCACUCGUCCCAAACUAUUCGGUUCAAGAUGUGGAGGUAUUCGUCAAUGCUGCUGCCUGCAUCUUGACACAUGCUACUCUGGAAGAUCUGCUUAGAGUUGCAUCGCGCCUUCGCGAUAAGCACCAGUUCAGAGCGGCUUUCGAACCGCAGCCCCACGAGCCGGAAGCAUUUUCUGGCCUACCUUCCUGGGUUCCCGCGCUGGGUUCAUGGACGUCUGCUCUGUUGGCAGAUUUGGUCCCGUCCACUGUGAACAGCCCAUUCGCAGCUUGCACGUCUAGCUCAAUGUCGAGAUCCCAUACCAACUUGAGAACUGUUUUUACCGGCCCCCGGAUCUCGGCAAACUGCAAGAUACUCCAAGUUGAUGCUGCAACUUUCGAUGAAAUCGCCUCGGUCGAAUUUGAAAUAGACAUCCCUCCCGCAUACGCGGAGCUCAGGAAGCUUAUGCGGUUUCUACCACGCUUCUCGGGCAGUGAAAGGCGAUCCGGCGACUCCGUCGAGCAGGGCAAAUACGACAACAACUCUCAUCAUUCGCCAGAAGGAAGCGCAUCCUCCCUGUCCUUCUUGGAACUUGUCGCGUGCACCAUGGUUGCUGGGCAAAUCGCCGGGCAGCAAGUAACGCCGGCGCAAGCCGGAACGCUGCUUUGCGAAUCAAUCACGUCCAAGGUACAAAAGGUCAUUGCCGGCAAGCAGCGCCAGAUUGCCGAGGAUCAGAACGCCCAGCAGCGAUUGGAAGUAGAAGCCAAAAAGCGUGGACACGAUAUUGACUACCUGCAGACCACGCUGGAAGACAACACCAUGGCUAACAAAUGGAGAGCAAAGCGCAAUGCCAUCGAUGCAGGCUUGGACGCAGUGAGAGAAAUCACCGCCGAGCUCGAGGCACUCAAAUCCGCCUUUCCAGACCUCAACUGGCCGAAAGAAAGUGUUUUGGUGCUCAGAGAACAGGAUGUGGAGCGCGCCAGAGCUGAACGAAGCGAGUCCCGUAAUAAGAGGCUCAUGGAACUUCGGGAGAAGAGGCCUUUUGAUAUUAAGUCAAUCAGCAGUGUUCCUGGUACCUUGCUGGAGCGAGGAAAGAUGAGCGCCAACGACUUACUUGACAGUUGGAAUGACGUGGCUUACUUGUUCACCUUGGCCCCUGAGGAAGCAUACCGCCGGGUUGUCUCAGACGAAUGUCAUGCCUUUGAACAAGCUUGUUUCGAAAUGCUUACUUGGCGCAGGAUCUGUCUGACCAAGCGUGGGUAUAUCAUGCUGGGACCACGCUGGGUUGAUGAAGGCGACAGUGUAUUGCUGUUGCCCAAUAGCACUGUUCCAUUCGUAUUCGCUCGGGAAAGGGAUGAUCUGGCGAGAGAAGAGGCUAGGAUCAAGGAAAGAUUAUCACACGAGGAUACGUCCGACGACUAUUACCAGACAUGGAGGGCAGUCAGGCCACAGCUGGACAUGAGGCUGGCUGAAGUGCAGGAACGGCUACAGCAAAUCGCAGAGCAUCAUGACGACCACUGGGUGCUCCUAGGUGAGGCCUAUGUACAAGGCGUCAUGCAGGGAGAAGCAGUCGCGGAGGUGGAAUUUGGUAGCGUCACGAUAGCAUAAAUUUGAACACUUGCAUAGUC